UUUUCUCAUUCUCACGGUUUAUCAAACUUGCUCCUCCCAAUUCCAAGUUGGCAAUUCUCAAUUUCAGAGACUCCAAAUCUCUAAUUGGUUCUGAAACACAACAGAUCGAUAUCAGUAUUCUUUUCAUCCCAAUCGAAUUUUGUGACAUCGCAAGGCAGGGUCUCAGGAUCUUACAUAGCAACAUGAGAUUCAAGAAAGGGAGCAAGGUGGAAGUACUAAACGAAAAGGAGGGGCCUUCAGGAGCAUGGCAGUGCGCUGUGAUUAUAUCAGGCAAUGGACACACUUACGGUGUUAGGUAUGAUUGGUCUCCUAACUGGGAAGGUCAAGCAGUUAUUGAGAGAGUCCCGCGGAAGGCUAUUAGGCCUUGUCCUCCGCCUGUUCAGGGUGCAGAUUGUUGGGCAGUCGGUGAUGUUGUUGAGGUCUUUGAUGUUGGUUUCUGGAAGAUGGCUAACUUAGUGAAGGUUUUUGAUGAAAACUAUUACUUGGCUAGGCUGCUUGGAUCAUUUGAGGAGUUUAGAAUCCACAAAUCUAGGAUCAGGGUGCGUCAAGUUUUGAAAGAUGAGGAAUGGAUUGUUAUUGGAAAGGGUCUGGGAUCAGCUUACCACAAUCAUACGAGUUCUCCAGUCUCACGAAUGAAUUUAAGAAUAAAGCUGCCCAAUGGAAAUGAUUGUUUACCUCCUCCGGAAAACAAUAGUUGUGAGGAUUCCCAUAUUGUCUCCUCGGCGUCAUUAAAGAGACCUUCUCAAUGUUGCUCUCUUUAUACCGAAGCAUAUCCCCGAAAGAUAAGAGCUAUUGAGAAAGAAUCGGGGCGGCAACAAGUUUUCUCUCGGUCCCCAUCUUCCUUGCUUGAGAAGGUAGAUGCUGUUGCUUACCCAAGAGAAAAUCUGGCUGAAAAAUACGUGCACGCUUCCUUUAUUUGCCCUUCCACUCAAUAUUGUGAAAAUGAGAAGCGAAUUUUAAAUGGUGCCAAUUCAUGUUUUGAAGGAAGCUCGGAUGGUGUUUUUGAUAGUGAUGCAUGCUCUAUUGAAUCUGUUGGUAGUUGUAGUGUUAUUAGUAACAGUUCAAAUAAGUUGUCCGGGUAUAAUCUAGCCGGUCACAGUGAAGAUGAAGAUACCCUUUGUAGUGAUGCAGACUCUUUUUCUGGUGGUGCUGAUGUGCAAGAAUUUAAUUCCUUUCCUCUGAAAGGGGAUGUAACAGCAAAAGACUCUAGGUCGGAGUUGCAUGCUUAUCGCCGUACUCUAAUGUUAAUGCAUGCUUCAGGUUCUUUAAGUUGGGAACAAGAAGAUUUAUUGACAAACCUCCGUAUGUCCUUACACAUUUCCAAUGAUGAACAUUUGAUGGAAGUUCUUAAAUGUGGUUCAGUUUGGGUCUCCUGGGAAUUGUUGACACAUCUUGUGCCAAAGCAGAAGAGAACUGAAAAGUGCCAAUAGUUCAAUAUGAAAAUAAUGUGUCAUUGGCCAACCAAAGUGUUGCUAGAGGAAGAGGAGGAAUGAUUGCUGCUUGCAGCUCAGUAAAAUGAUUGGUAAUUCAAUUCAACCAAGCCUUCGUCACUACUGCAUAAUAUUAUUUGAUUCAAGGUAAAGCACGAAAUCCGUUGAAUUUUGUUAUCAAUCCUUGGUUAAGUUUACAAAAUGACAAUAUGUGAUGUUCCUUGUGUGAGAGGUUGGUCUUGUACAUCCCAUACUGUGCAUCCUGUUGGAUUUUGGCAUGCUUAUGAACUGAAUAAAGAGGUUAAAAGAGGUUACAAGCAACUGCUUUGCAUGGCAGUCCCAAGUAUUAACAGAUUGCCCCCAAAUACCUGGGAGUGGGAGAGUAUGGCAUGUCUCAGCUGCCUUGAUAGGUGCUAUGAUAGACUUGUAAGUCUCAGCUGCCAUGUAAAGUCUCUGAUGCAUCUCUAUUCUCUUUCUGUGUCUGAGGUGUCUUGGUUGUUCAUUUUGGUAUAUGUAUUGAACAUAUGAGGUUAUGAGUGACAUAAUUUUGUUGGUCUUCUUUUCCCAAAAGUAUUCCACUGUAUGUGGUUAAGACUCACAUCUGUUCAGAAUUUUCUUUCACCCUAUGAAAAUUUGAUUAUGCAAGAAAUCCAAUGUCAUAUGUUGUAGUUGAGUCUGGGCCCGGUUAUUUAAAUGACUGAUUUAAGAGCCUAUCUAACUUUCCUUUGCUGUCCUCAGUCUACAUGGUAUAUAUGAUACAAAAUCAUCAUGUUUCAGUAGUUGCUCAAAACUGAAUGUUAAGAGUUGACACUUGCAACGGGGUUAUGGCUCUUUGAUGGAUCGUGUUGUUUAACCACUUCUUUAACCAAACUUUUUUUAUGGAAAUGAUUAAUUCUGCUAAUAUCAUACUUAAUUUACCCUUUGAGGCUCAGGCUGCUCUAAAGUUUUGGAACAUGCAUCUGUGCAUAAAUUCAAAUUUCAGUUAUUUCAUCUUUAUACAUGUUUAACCAUGACCAAUAGUUUGCAUGUAUUUUGCAUAUUUUGUGAUUUAGAUUGAAAUUCAGAGUUCUGUUGUUUCCCCUUUCACCACCUUGGACUAUUAUCAUUUGAAAAAUAAAGUGCAAGGUUAUUAUUUAUUAGAUAGAAGAAUAAACAUGAGAGAGAUGAUAAACAUCACAGAGGAGUAUUUAUUCCAUAAAUACAAUUGGAACUUCUGGUUAUUCUGGUGUUCAACUUCUUGCUUUUCAGAAUUUUUUAUCAUGAAACAUUUAGACCGGUUAUUCUGGUGUGCAACUCUUUCUCUGUUUAAAAUACAAGAUUGGCGAAACAAUUGCAUUGAUGAAUGUAAAGGGGGCAAAUGUCUGUCUCAAUGUAUUUAGUGUUUCUUUAACUUAAGCAGGAACAAGACGUGGAAAGUGAGGAGCAGGCCAACGUAAAUACUGGACUAUCUAAUUGGGAGUAACAACUAUCCAACUUGGUAAACAACUAUUGAACUGAGGCAAAUUCUUGACGAAAAGAGGUUGAAGUUCAUUUUGUUCCUUGUUUUGAAGAACUGAGAUUUCGUUCCUUUGAAUUGUUCAUAUGUUUAGGUGUAAAUACUAGAUAAUACACUUCAAUGUUUGAAUGAAUUGCUUGAUAUUGCUGAUUCAGAUUAAUUUUUUUUUUUCUUUUUGGCAAGAUUUCGGAUUUA